CACAGAGAGACUCAUCAUCGUAUUUGUGGUUUCCUGUGGAGGAGACGACACGAGAGAGAGAGAGAGAGAGAGCACUACACACUCAACACCUCGCAGUCAUCAACAUCAUCAGAGUGCUUGAGGAAUGCUGGAUUGACUUAACUAAAAUACAAGGAAGAUGAGCAAGAAGAACCCACUUGUAUACUUGGACGUGUCUAUAGAUGGAGAUCCUAUUGAAAGAAUGGUUUUUGAGCUCUUCUCAGAUACUGUUCCUAAAACCGCUGAGAAUUUCCGGGCACUUUGUACUGGAGAAAAGGGGAAUAGUCAGAAAACUGGAAGACCCCUGCACUACAAGGGAUCCUUUUUCCAUCGCAUAAUUAAAGGAUCUUUGGCUCAGGGUGGUGAUUUUUUUAAACGUGACGGAAGUUAUGGAGAGAGCAUAUAUGGUGGAAAAUUUCCAGGUGGGGGCUGACAUUGGUCUCAUUCUCGCUGCAUGGGAGCUCGACCCACACUGAAUUGUAAUUGUCUUGAAAUGAUGAAUCCUCCAAGCUGAAACAUGAUGCCCCCGGUCUGUUAACAAUGGCAAUUUCUGAUCGUGAUUCACGUGGUUCUUUAUUCAACAUCACCUUUGCUGCUAACCGUCAUCUUGAUAGGAAGUAUGUUAUCUUUGGUAAGCUUGUGCAAGGAGUUGAUGUAUUGAAGAAAAUUGAAAAUGUGGGUGAUGAAGAUGGAAGACCAACCGUGACAGUGAAGAUCAUCUACUGUGGUGAAAUAAGCGAGAGUGAGAAUCAAAGUUCUGAUAAAAAAACAGCAAGCAAAAAAGCAGGCAAAGAUGUAUCAUCAGAGGUUCACAGUCAUGAAGUAAAGCGGAAGGGAAAGCACAAGAAGUCUUCGAAAGACCGAAGAAAGAAAAGAAAAAGAUAUUCUUCAAGUGAAUCAGACAGUUCUACAGACGUUGAUUCAGAGUCAUCUGAUUCUGACAGCGAGUCUGACUCUGAUACAUCAUCGUCGUCAUCAUCAGAUAUUAGUUCUUCUGGUGAUGAUAGACGUAAGAAAAAGAAGAGAUCCUCUAGAAGGGACCGACACAAACGUGGUAAAAGGAGGGACAAGAGACGUGACAAGAAACGCAGGAAGCGUGAUAAGAAGUCCAAACGCAAAUCAAAAAGGGCUUCUGAUAGCGUAAGUGAGAGUGAGAGUGAACAUGGCUCUGAAGAUAACGGUGAUGUUAGAAAGCCACAUCAGAAGCAUAAUAACUUGGCUAAAAUCACUGAUGUGAAUCAAUCUCCAUCAGCUGAAGUUGAAGACGGUUCUGUUCGUCAUAAAACCGAAGAUGCAUUUGAAAAGGAGGAAGGUGAAUAUCCUAAAGAAAAUGGUGAUCGACCAAGCAAUGGAGUUGAUGUGAAGGUUGCUGAGAGACCAAAUGUUGCAAACGACGGAAGUAGAAGCAGGAGUCCUCAAAGGGCCUUGAGCAAGAGCAUGAGUAUCAGCCCUAAGAGGAGCCCAAGUGUGAGCCCAAGACGCAAUAUGAGCAGGAGUCCAAGUGUCAGUGGGUCCCCUAGACGUGAAAGCAGCAAGAGUCCAGUUAGAAGCAUCAGCAGAAGUCCAGUGAGGGCCAAAAACAUCAGAAGCUUAAGCCCAAGCCCGGUAAGACCCCGAAUCCGAAAUAGUGUGAGCAGGAGUCCUACACCGUCACCAUCGCCGCCUCGAAAUAGAAAGCCUUUACGGAAGUCUCUGAGCAGAAGUCCUGUUAGAUCAUCUAGAAGAAGUUAUAGCCGAAGCCCGGUAAGAUCCUCUAAACGAAGCUUAAGCAGAAGCCCGGUGAGAUCCUCUAAACGAAGCUUAAGCAGAAGCCCGGUGAGAUCCUCUAAACGAAGCUUAAGCCGAAGCCCGGUGAGAUCCUCUAAGCGAAGCUUAAGCAGAAGCUCAGGUCGAGCUCCGUUAAGGAGGAGCCCGAGUCGUAGCCCUAUGAGGCCACCUGUUAGGGGCGGCCGGCGUAGUUAUUCGAGAAGCCCUGUUGGGGGGCGCAGGGGUAGGUCACCUUCUAGAAGUGUUUCUCCUGAUGGGUCUCCUAAACGUAUCCGAAGAGGAAGGGGUUUCAGUAAUCGAUAUUCUUAUGCACGUAGAUACCAUUCUCCAGAUCGUUCACCAGUCAGAUCUUAUCGCUAUGGCAGAAGCGACCGUGACAGGUACUCAAGCUAUAGGCGCCGCAGCCCCUUGAGAGACAGAAGUCCACCAAGGUACAGAGGUAGAAGAAGCAGGACCCGAAGCCCAAGUGUAUCACGAAGCCCUGUUCGCUACCGCCGCCGUUUCAGCCGCAGCCGCUCACCCGUUGAGACAUCUCGAUACAGGCCUUCGCCACCGGUCGAAAGGAGAAGGGCGCCACGUAGCAUAACCCCACCUUCUAGAAGCAGGAGCCCUUAUGAACCAAAGUCUUCACGUUCACCAUCUCCAAGAAGGACCAGUAGGUCAAGAUCAAAGUCAAAGUCAAAAUCGAUAUCAAAGUCAAGGUCUAGGUCUAGGUCAUCUUCUGGAAGCCCGCCUGCUAAGGGAGGACUAGUAUCCUAUGGAGACGGUUCUCCAGACUCUGGUCAGAAGUGAUAGGCAUGGGUUUUGGUAUGCAUGAGUUAUCUUUAAGUAUUGAUGAUUUUAUAGACUUGAGCUGUAGGGUGUGUUUUGAAUAACAGACUGUUUUCUGCACUUGUUUUCUUGCUGCUAGACCGAGGUAAGGACGAUUGAAUGUCUAUUCAGAGGUUUGGAUCUUUGUUUUUAAGCUUUUCAUGGUAUCUUUAUGGUCACUUUUUGGUGGUUUA